AUGCCUGCCGACAUUCGCAGCUUCUUUGGCGGCGGGCCCCCGAAGGCAAGCCAGGGAUCGCAGAAGAAAGAUGAGCCUGCAACGAAGAAGGCCGCAACUAAGAAGAAGGGUCGCACAAGUCGUGUUGUAGAGGACUCUGACGACGAUGAUGAGGAAGAGGCGAAGCCAAAGAAAGCGACACCAAAGAAGCCCGCCGCAAAGAAGGUCAAGCGCGAACCGACGCCAGAACCCGCCCUCGAAGAGACCACCACAUCCGACUUCUUUGCCAGCUCGAAUAAGCCCAAGCGAACGGAGCCUGUGAAGAAGAAAGCGGCGGAUGCACCUGCUGCGACACCGAAGAAGGCGCCCGCGAAGGCGAACGGGAAGGCCUCGAAGACAGCUUCCAACGCUAAGACAACUGGCCGUGCGAAGAAACCCGUCACUUCAUAUGCCGAGCGGGAUGACGAGGACGAGUUCCCGGACGAUGAUCUGGAGGACGCGGACGAUAUUUUCGAGGCCAACAUUAAGGGCAAGGGCAAAGACGACUACAAAGAAGCUUCAGAGAGCGAUGACGACGUACCUGUGAAGCUGCCACAUCGCGGGACACCAAAGGCUUCAGCCAAGCAACAAAAGGCGAUCAAGGAGGAAGACGACUUCAAUCCAGAAGACGAAGACAUCGACAUGAAGGACAUCGACGCAGAAGACGACUUUGUGGAGCCCGAUGAGGAUGAGCAAGCACUGAAGAGCAAGCCAAAGAAGACAUCGACUGCAGGCAAGAAGCGAAAGUCACCCAUGUCUGAUGACGAAGAGGAAGAAGAGGAGAAGCCAAAGAAAGGACGACCGAAGAAGGCCACAACGACGACACCCAAAUCGCCCGCGAAAAAGAAGGCCAAGAAGGAAGAGGUUGAAGAUAGUGCAGACAUUCAGGCCAUCUACGACAGUAUUCCUACCGUGCGCGCGCCCACUCCACCACCCAAAGACGACAAUGCCAAGUUCAACUGGCAGGCGAAUGCCGGUCGUGGAGAGGCUGCACCACUCGGAGGCGGAUCCAGCGAGAUGCCCUCAGGCUCAGAGACAUGUCUUGCAGGCCUCACAUUCGUCUUCACCGGAGUGCUGCAGAAGUGGGGUCGCACUGAAGCUCAAGAGCUGGUGAAACGGCACGGUGGAAAGGUCACUGGCGCUCCAAGCAAGAAGACCAACUAUGUUGUGCUAGGCACAGAUGCCGGCCCUAGCAAACUGCGGAAGAUCCAGGAGAUGGAAAUCAAGACAAUCGACGAGGAUGGCUUGACGGUGCUUAUUGAGAAGCUGACGGCGGCUGGCAACAAGGGCGACAGCAAGGCACAGGCCGAGCAUGCUGAGAAGCAACGCAAGGAGGAGGAAAAGAUCAAAAAGCAAGCUGCAGAGCUUGAGCAAGAGGAGAAGAAGCGUCAGAAAGAGCUGUCGGCAGCAGCGAAAGCUUCCGGUAGCAAGACAGCCUCUGCCGUCACAGCAGCUGCACAGAGUGCAGGCCCGGCCGUAGACUCCCGUUUAUGGACUACCAAGUAUGCGCCCACAUCACUCAACCAGAUUUGCGGCAACAAGGCGACGGUUGAGAGGAUCCAGCGCUGGUUGCAGAUGUUCCCAAAGAACCUCAAGACUGGCUUCAAGUUGGCUGGCAAAGACGGUAGCGGAAACUUCCGUGCCAUCAUGCUACAUGGCCCACCGGGUAUUGGCAAGACUACCGCAGCGCAUCUCGUCGCCAAGCUGGAAGGCUACGACAUCGUUGAGAGAAACGCCAGUGAUACCCGAAGUAAGAAGCUCAUCGAAGACGGUCUACGCGGCGUCCUUAGCACCAACUCACUCCAUGGCUACUUUGCUGGAGACGGAAAGAAGGUUGAGGCGGCCAAGAAGAAGCUCGUUUUGAUCAUGGAUGAAGUCGACGGCAUGUCUGCGGGUGACCGUGGUGGUGUCGGUGCGCUCGCAGCCGUGUGCAAGAAGACGGAGGUUCCCAUGAUUCUCAUCUGCAACGACAGGAAGCUGCCAAAGAUGAAGCCCUUCGACUACGUUACAUUCGAUUUGCCUUUCCGACGGCCCACUGUCGACCAAGUACGAUCACGCAUCAUGACCAUCGCAUACCGAGAAGGCUUGAAGAUGCCUGCGCCAGUUGUCAAUGCACUCAUUGAAGGCAGCCACGCCGAUAUCCGCCAGGUCGUCAACAUGAUUUCCACAGCCAAACUCGACCAAACAGCUAUGGAUUUCGACAAGGGCAAGACAAUGUCCAAGAGCUGGGAGAAGCAUGUCAUCUUGAAGCCAUGGGACAUCACGCAGAAGAUUCUCGGUGGCGGCAUGUUUGCCUCGAGCAGCAAAGCCACACUCAACGAGAAGAUUGAGCUCUACUUCAACGACCACGAGUUCAGUCCGUUGAUGCUGCAGGAGAACUACCUCGGCACAAACCCGAUGCAGUCCCUGAACUACUCUGGCAAAGAGAAGAACCUGAAGAACCUGGAAUUGGCGUCGCUGGCAGCCGACAGUAUCAGCGAUGGUGAUCUUGUUGAUCGCAUGAUUCACGGCUCUCAGCAGCAGUGGAGUUUGAUGCCCACACACGCAGUCUUCAGCUUCGUCCGGCCUGCAAGCUAUGUUGCUGGUAGCACUGCCGGGAACCAGACGCGCUUCACAUCAUGGCUUGGAAAGAACAGUUCUACGAACAAGCUGAGCCGGAUGAUCAAGGAAAUCCAAGCUCACAUGAGGUUGCGGUCUUCCGGCGAUCGACACGAGGUUCGACAGCAAUACGUCCCACUUCUCUGGACGGACCUAGUCCAGAAGCUGCAGAAAGAAGGCAAAGACGCUGUUCCACAAGUCAUCGAAUUGAUGGACAGCUACUACCUCACCAAAGACGACUUCGACGCCAUCAUGGAAUUAGGUGUUGGGCCUAUGGACCAAGAGAAAGUCAAGAUCGACUCACAAACCAAAUCCACCUUUACCCGACUCUACAACCAACAAUCCCACCCCCUCCCCUUCAUGAAAGCCUCCUCCGUCGCCCAACCCAAGAAACAAGCCAAAGAGAAGCCGGAUCUUGAAGAAGCGAUCGAUGAAUCUGACGACGGCGAGGUUGUGGAGGAGGUCAAGGAUGAAGAGGAGGAUGUUGAUUUGUCAAAGGAUAAAUAUGUUAAGCAGCCGAAGAAGAAGGCUGCGCCGAAGAAGGGGGGUAAGAAGAAGAAAGAUGAGGGGGACGACGAGGAUGAGGAGGAAGUCAAGCCGAAGGGGAAGGGCAAGGCGAAGGCGGCGCCUAAGGGGAAGAAGAAGUGA